AUGUCUCAAGCCUUUAUACACUGCGUGCGUCAUGCACAAGGCCAGCAUAACGUGGCUGAAUGCUACGACUUCAUAGAUCCAGAGCUCACGUCCUUGGGCCAUGAGCAGUGCUCUACCCUUGCCAGCACAGAGCAGGAGGUUCUUUCCAAGGUGUCUCUUGUCCUGGCCUCACCCAUGACUAGGACUCUGCAUACUGCAAGGAACCUGUUCGAGGUCCCUCUUGGAAGGAAGACCAUCCCCCCCAUCAUUGCAGUUCCCACAGCCCAGGAGGUGACUGAUUACAACUGCGAUAAGGGGAGCGAUCUCGACGAUCUUAGGGAGCGUGUGGUGUCGCGCGGCUGGCCCGUCGACUUAAGCCUGGUCCCAGAGAACUGGAACAACAAGUCUCUCGGAAGCCAGUUCGGCCCCGCCGGCUCUGCCAUCCUCGCCCGUGCUCUUGAGACCAGGAGAAUACUCAAGACGCAUGCCAAGGCUCUCAUGGAACAACGAAAUGAAGACGUCCACCUCGUGCUUGUUGCGCAUGGUAGCUUCAUGCACUAUCUGACCAACGACUGGGAAGACAGCACCAACUACGCUGGGACUGGCUGGAAGAACUGCGAGCUCCGGUCUUAUACUUUUGAGGACCACCCCCUUGAUGUCGAUAGUGUAGAAGAUGAUGCCUGGUUCGUUGAGACGGAAGCGAGCAGACGCAAGAGGGGCAAGUCUAACGAUAUGUAUGCUCGAGCAAUGCAGGAGGUCUUGUUUGAGAGAACGAUGAUUGGCUGGGAAGACCAAGGGCUGCCCAACCACGCGGCCCUCAUUCAGCCCGUCGAGUCCAAAUUAUGA